GCGAAUCUACAUAGCCACGAAGCUCGCUUCAGAACUGGAGGGGAAGGAGAAUUUCGCCGCGAGAGCGCAGAAGAUGCGCGUGGAGAAGAGGCGAUGAACCAGAGGGCCAAAGCUGCUGGAGUUCCAUCGCAACGUGAGCAAAUGCGUGCUGAGGACAAGGCCAUGGCCUCUGCUCGUCCGAUGCAGAGUUCUGUUUCUCUGCCGGCAUCGAUGCUCUUGACGCUCCCGGUGUUCUCUGGGGCUCCUCCAAAGAUGCGGCGCUUCAGGAGCUAUCGAGGUUUCCUGAUGCCAGGCUCUUCGCCGACCCUCUGUGCGUGA